AUGGUCCGUCGACGAACUGCAUCUCCGAAGCCUUCGGGCCCGGUCCGACGUGCUUCGCCUCCACCGUCGGCCAUGCGUGCUGCUCCACCUCCUGCCCCCAUGCCCUCAAUGCCGGCUAGAACAGCCGGAGGAGUUGCCAUUGGUAGCGCUGUUGGUCACGCCGUUGGCAACAUGUUCACUGGAGGAGGAGGUUCUUCAGCCGAAGCUGCACCUGUUCAGAGCGCUCCUCAAGGAGCCCCGCAGCAACAGGCUUAUUCUCAGCCUUGCGAAUUUGAAUGGAAGCAAUUCAUUGACUGUACUCAAAAUCAAUCUGACGUAUCGCUUUGCAAUGGAUUCAACGAGGCAUUCAAGGAGUGCAAGGCUCGUUACGUCUCUAAUUAG